CCUCCAGCUGUGCCAGCUACGCCCAAGCCCCGGGAGCUCCGAGCCGCCAGCGCGCAGGUGCCCGCGGCCCCCUCGCCCUGCAGUGGACAGGCCUGCAAGUCCAGAGGCAGGAAGGAACAGGAGGGCCUGGAAACCAAGUUGGAGCUUCCCAUUUACCCGUGAGAAUUCUCUAGUGUGUAGUGACGUCAACGAGAAGCCCCUCUGCAUUUACUGUGUCUGAAGUUAACAUGUCACUGAAAAACGAGCCGCGGGUGAACACCUCUGCACUGCAGAAAAUCGCUGCUGACAUGAGCAAUUUGAUAGAGAAUCUGGACUCGCGGGAGCUCCACUUCGAGGGAGAGGAGGUGGAGUGCGACUUAGCUCCCAGCGAUCCCAAGACACAGGGAGGGAACAUCCCGUUCUCUGCGAUUUAUAACACUCAAGGAUUUAAAGAGCCCAACAUUCAGACGUACCUCUCUGGCUGUCCCAUCAAAGCGCAGGUUCUGGAAGUGGAGCGCUUCACCUCUACAACAAGGGUGCCAGGUGUCAAUCUUUACACCAUUGAAUUGACACAUGGGGAAUUUAAAUGGCAGGUUAAGAGGAAAUUCAAGCACUUCCAAGAAUUCCACAGGGAGUUGGUCAAGUACAAAGCCUUCAUCCGAAUCCCCAUUCCCACCAGAAGACACACAUUUAGAAGACAGAAUGUCAAAGGGGAGGAGCCUCGGAAUAUGCCCAGAUUGCCCCAGUCAUCUGAAAAUGCGAUGAGAGAAGAACAGUUCUUGGGAAGGCGGAAACAACUAGAAGAUUAUUUGACAAAGAUACUGAAAAUGCCCAUGUAUAAAAAUUAUCAUGCCACAACAGAAUUCCUUGAUAUAAGCCAGUUGUCUUUCAUCCAUGAUUUGGGACCAAAGGGCAUAGAAGGCAUGAUAAUGAAAAGAUCUGGAGGGCACAGAAUACCAGGUCUGAAUUGCUGUGGGCAUGGACGAGCUUGCUACCGCUGGUCAAAAAGGUGGCUAAUUGUGAAAGAUUCCUUUUUACUCUAUAUGAAACCAGACAGUGGGGCUAUUGCCUUUGUCCUGCUGGUGGAUAAAGAAUUCAGAAUUAAGGUGGGGAGAAAGGAGACGGAAACGAAGUAUGGACUCCGAAUCGAUAAUCUUUCAAGGACACUUAUUUUAAAAUGCAACAGCUACAGACAUGCUCGGUGGUGGGGAGGGGCUAUAGAGGAAUUCAUCCAGAAACAUGGCACCAACUUUCUCAAAGACCAUCGAUUCGGGUCUUAUGCUGCUAUCCAAGAUAACACUUUAGCUAAAUGGUAUGUUAAUGCCAAAGGAUAUUUUGAAGAUGUGGCAAAUGCAAUGGAAGAGGCAAAAGAAGAGAUUUUUAUCACAGAUUGGUGGUUGAGUCCAGAGAUCUUCCUGAAACGCCCCGUGGUUGAAGGAAAUCGCUGGAGGUUGGACUGUGUUCUGAAACGAAAAGCACAACAGGGGGUGAGGAUCUUCAUAAUGCUCUACAAAGAGGUGGAACUUGCUCUUGGAAUCAAUAGUGAAUAUAGCAAGAGGACCUUAAUGCGUCUACACCCCAACAUAAAGGUGAUGCGGCACCCGGAUCACGUGUCGUCCAGCGUCUAUCUGUGGGCUCAUCACGAGAAGCUUGUCAUCAUCGACCAGUCGGUGGCUUUUGUGGGUGGGAUUGACCUGGCCUAUGGCAGGUGGGACGACAAUGAGCACAGGCUGACGGAUGUGGGCAGCGUGAAGCGUGUCACCUCAGGGCCGUCUCUGGGUUCCCUCACGGUUGCAACAACAGGGUCUAUGGAGUCUUUAAGUCUUGAAGAUAAAAAUCAAUCCAAUAAAAAUCUGCCCAUCCGAAAGAGUUUUGAUGAUGUGGAUUCAAAACUGAAAGGAAUAGGAAAGCCAAGAAGGUUCUCCAAAUUUACCCUCUAUAAGCAGCUCCACAGGCACCACCUGCACAACACCGACAGCAUCAGCAGUAUUGACAGUGCCUCCAGUUAUUUUAAUCACUAUAGAAGCCAUCAGAAUUUAAUCCAUGGUUUAAAACCCCACUUGAAACUCUUUCGCCCGUCCAGUGAGUCUGAGCAGGGACUCACUAGACCUGACAUUGACGCUGGCUCCAUCCGCAGUUUGCAGACAGGUGUGGGAGAACUACAUGGGGAAACAAGAUUCUGGCACGGGAAGGACUACUGCAACUUUGUCUUCAAAGACUGGGUCCAGCUCGAUAAACCUUUCGCUGAUUUCAUCGACAGGUACUCCACUCCCCGGAUGCCCUGGCAUGACAUUGCAUCUGCAGUGCACGGGAAGGCGGCUCGGGACGUGGCGCGUCACUUCAUCCAGCGCUGGAACUUCACAAAGAUUAUGAAACCCAAAUAUCGGUCCCUUUCUUACCCUUUCCUGCUGCCAAAGUCUCAGAUGACAGCCCAUGAGCUGAGAUACCAAGUUCCUGGGGCUGUAAAUGCUAAGGUGCAGUUGCUCCGGUCUGCCGCUGACUGGUCUGCUGGGAUCAAGUACCAUGAAGAGUCCAUCCAUGCUGCUUACGUCCAUGUGAUAGAGAACAGCAAGCACUAUAUUUAUAUCGAGAACCAGUUUUUCAUAAGCUGUGCUGAUGACAAAGUUGUGUUCAACAAGGUGGGCGAUGCCAUUGCUCAGCGGAUCCUGAAAGCCCACAGGGAGAGCCGGAGGUACCGGGUGUAUGUUGUGAUACCGCUUCUGCCAGGAUUUGAAGGAGACAUCUCCACUGGUGGAGGAAAUGCUCUGCAGGCCAUAAUGCACUUCAACUACAGAACCAUGUGCAGAGGAGAAAAUUCCAUCCUUGGACAGUUAAAAGCUGAGCUGGGUAAUCAGUGGAUAAACUACAUAUCAUUCUGUGGCCUUAGAACGCAUGCAGAGCUAGAAGGAAACCUGGUCACUGAGCUGAUCUAUGUCCACAGCAAGUUGCUAAUUGCUGAUGAUAACACUGUUAUUAUUGGCUCUGCCAACAUCAAUGACCGAAGCAUGCUGGGUAAGCGGGACAGUGAGAUGGCUGUCAUUGUCCAGGACACAGAGACGGUGCCUUCCGUCAUGGAUGGGGAAGAGUACCAGGCCGGCCGCUUCGCCCGGGGACUCCGGCUGCAGUGCUUCAGGGUUGUCUUGGGCUAUCUUUCUGACCCCAGCGAGGACAUUCAGGAUCCUGUGAGCGACAAAUUCUUCAAGGAAAUAUGGGUUUCAACAGCAGCUCGAAAUGCUACAAUUUAUGAUAAGGUGUUCCGGUGCCUACCCAAUGACGAGGUACACAACUUAAUUCAGCUGAGAGACUUUAUAACCAAGCCCAUAUUAGCAAAGGAAGAUCCCAUUAGAGCUGAAGAGGAACUGAAAAAGAUCCGUGGGUUCUUGGUGCAGUUCCCCUUUUAUUUCUUGUCUGAAGAAAGUCUACUGCCUUCUGUUGGAACCAAAGAAGCCAUAGUGCCUAUGGAGGUUUGGACUUAAGCAUUACACUCGUUUGCAGCUUAAGGACUUCACCUUGAAGAUCACACAGCACACAGUAACUUUCUGGGGACCUCACAGCCAUAGCUAUGCUGGGUAUACCCUUGGGCCCAACCCAGGGACCCUUUGGAACUGCUGAGAAGGGCUGCGGUCGUGCUGAUAGGAGGACACUGAAUGUCAGCAUGGCUUUAUCAUUCCUCUUGCCUGCUCUUGUGAGAAGGGGACUGCACUCCUGUUGGCAGCACCCAACAACUGAAAACACAUCAUCAAAUUCCAGAACAUACACCAGAAUCCAUCUGUGCUAACGAGACUCCACUGGCAACUGUACUCCAAGUCAUGAAGAGCUGUCUGGAUCUCUUCUCGUCUGUCCUUACUUUCAUCUCGGCAGCCAUGGUCUGCUGGAUCCGCUGUCAUCUCCUCGUUCCCGUAGGCACUAUUGAGCCACCGUUUGUUUUUAGGAGACGUGAGGUUGAUCAAGAUCCUGGAAGGUUUCAUGGGAUGCUCCUGCUCGUCUGGUCCAAAAGUAGUAGUGUUCACGCCUCCAAGGGCUUGACCAUUAUUCUUUUCAGUUCGCUGUGAGGACAGGACAGAAUUUGGUCCACACAGCAGCCUGUGUUAGAGCUUCAGAUAACAUUGGCACUAGAUCUUAACACACAGAGCAGCAGAAGGAAUUAAAUGCCAAUUUUGAAGCAGAGAUCUCACUUUGCUCCCAAAGGCACUGACAAGAUGUGUCCUUGUGAUAGGGAUCACCUGAUCACAUUUGAUAGUGUGUAGGGUGUUUGAUUACACAGAAAGCAGAUAACACUCAGAGCGUUUAACCUUCAGAAACCUCCCAGGUGUUGGUGGGGCUCUGAUCCAGAUGACAAAAGAAGACUCCUCGUCCUCUAAAAUUUCCUGUCACCCUUAGCCACUGGAUUCAUUGGAACUUGAAUUUCUCAAUUUCAUAAUCAAACCAUUGAGUACAAUUUGUCUUUCUACAGAAUCAAAAGCUUCAUAAUUCCUACCAAGUUAACAAAUACGAGCCUAACCUUAUUUGACAUUCAGCUCUCCCACUACAUUAUGUUCUUGAAGAAAAAGUAAUCAAUUACAAGAUAUGUUCUGCUUCACUUGCAUUAUUAAAGAUUCAUUAACAUUCCAACAGGGCUUCCAAAAAAGUUAGAAUAUGUAUUAAUCCACAUUGUGCUGCUUGAUAAAUUUUUCUGGAAACCCAUUAUUUCUUUGCAGAAUUUAGAAUACCCCUUGUUUGAGCAAAGCUCUAAUUUUAUUAGAACUACUGUCCAGUCCAAAGAGCUAAUGUGGGUUCCCAAAAGAUCUGUCACCUUCUGGUGCACGUGCGGGAACCGUGAUUGCCUGGGCAGAAUCUCGUUUGGGCUGUUCUGUAGAGAAGCAAGCACUCCGUUGCUUUCUGCAGUCAAAGGGAUUAAACAGGAGCACAAAGUCCAGGAUGUGAGUAGACGAGAGAGGCAGUGCCGUGCCCAGGAGAGGAUUUCCUCACCAGAGAACAUCUCACAAGUGAGCUAGGAUUCAUAGCAAUGGAAAUGACAGUGUUCUUAUGAAUAAACAAUUCUCAUGUGGAUGAAGACGAUAAGAGAGCCUCAUUCUGUACCAACUAUAAUUAAUACAUUUGAUAUUUAUGAAAGACGUUUAGAUUGGUGUUUGAAGAAUUGUGUAUGUGGAAUACUUACAGAUUUCUUGCAUUUUAAAUAUUUUUUAAACAUUUUAGAACAGUUGACAAAUUGGAUCCUGACUCUUUACAAGAUGUUCCAAUAAGACCAUGAAAAAUAAAAUCCUAAGAGAAUUUUGUCCCUUAAUAAGUCAUUUAAUCCAAUCCCUUCCCAUUUUUACAGAUAAGGGAAGUGGGGCUCCAGUUGGGUAAAGGAUUCCUUUAAAUCCACCCAAUGUAUAAAUGGCGGAGCUGGACUAGAAAAUUGAUGUAGCCUGUUCUUGGCCUCUCUCCUCACUUCAUCAUUGCCCCAAAAUGAAGACAUGCAGUCGGCAGGUUGCAGGAGGGAUAUCUCUAAGCCAUUCUGGAUCCCUGUGAUGGUAUCUAUUUGUGUGUUUGUCUCCCCCUACUAGAAUGUAAGCUCCAUUGGGCAGGAACUUGACUAUUUUUGUUCCUUGUGUAUCCACAGAGCCUGGUAUGGUACCUGGUUUAUAGGGCAGGUGAAUACAUGUUUGCAGAAAAAUAAAUGAAGUGGAAAAGAAAGCUAACAAAAUGAAAAUGUACUGAAUCUCACACAA